AGUAAUGAAUUCGGUAUCAAGUUGGCGGGAUACAGCGCUAUCGUUCUCGUUUUAAGUGGUACAAUAAAAAGUGCAUAAAGUAGGCGUCGAAUCUCGUAUAACGUGGAACAGUUAAAAGGAUGGAAACAAUCGAGUUACUCAAGAGAUGGCUGUGAACGAUGAUUCUCCGCAAUAUUGUCCGAGUUUCUCAAUAAUAGUUGUCGGUGAAUCGAAAUCAUUUUUGAAAGAACUCAACCGCGAGACAAUUCUCGAUUGUUUUUAACCAGAUAAUUGCUUUGGAAGUAAUUAUUUCAACUACCGACGACGCGUAAUUCUACUCACGGAACUUGGAAUUCCCAUUAGUGCCCCAGUCUGAAGAUACCAAAACAUGGUAAUGGAAAGUAAUUCUGUCUCCCCAAUGCCAGAAUUGGCCCCAAUCGCGGAAUUCGACAAAACACCCCCGACGCCUCCGGAGGAUACACUACCAAUGGACGAUCUACCACCUCCACCAACUACAGUGGUCAACGUUCAAGAAGAAAAAGAAAAAGAAGCAGAAGCCGAAGCUAAAGCACAUAGGCAUUACGAAGACGAAAAUGAAUGGGGUUGCGGUAGUUGGUUGGAAUACACAUUCGUGGUAGUAUGCGCAAGCAUUCUCCUCCUCGGUUCGUUGGGACUCACAUUGUUUUGGGUCAUACAAUAUCGAGGAGGAUUUGCUUGGAGAGAUGAACCCGCUAAAGAAUUCAACUUACAUCCGGUGCUGAUGGUAGCUGGUUUCAUUACAUUCAGUGGCUUUUCCAUACUCUUGUACAGGAUAUGCAGAUGUUGCCGGAGAAUAUACGUAAAACUUCUCCAUACGAUUUUCCACGCGUUGGCUAUCCCAUGUAUAGCAGUUGGAUUUUUGACUGUACUAGAUUCUCACAAUCUAGCUAAUCCUCCUAUUGCUAAUUUCUACUCGCUGCACAGUUGGAUAGGAUUUGUUACGAUGGGAUUAUUUGCGAUACAGUUCGUAGUCGGUUUCUUCAGCUUCUUGAUACUACUUUGUUGCGAAGGUGCGACAGCUGGUUUCAGGGCAGCACUCGUACCGAUUCACGCAUCAUUCGGACUAACAACAUUCAUGUUAGCUAUAGCAGCAGCUCUUACAGGACUCACGGAAAAAGCGAUAUUUACACUGAAAAACCGUUAUUCGUUGCGUGAAGAAGAGGCUAUCAUAAUAAACACAAUUGGCAUGUCAUUGAUUGCUCUAGCUAUAAUCAUAAGUUACAUUCUCCAAAGGGAGGAGUUUCGUUUCAGAGCGCACAUUCUGAUACGUUCAGGAGAUCUCUAAAAUUGGAAAGGAUGCUCAAUAAUAAAUUUGUAGCUUUUAUUGUGUAUAUGAAUGUUCAAAAUGCGAAAAACAAAAGAUCUACAUUAUAGAACUGAUUAAUCUAUAUAAGUCAUCUUUAGUACGUUUGAGGUCAUCAUCAUCAAGUGAUUUCAAAUCAAAAUAAAAGGAAAGGGGGCACUGGGCAGAUUUCUGAAAUAAAUAGGAUUAAUAGGGCAGCUUGUUUUUGAAUGAGCUUUGAAUUUUUUAAUAGUUUAUUAUCUGAAUCCCCAGUACAUCUUCCGCUAAUUGCUACUCCUUUGAUACUGCGUUUUCCUUGUAAAAUUUAAUUCUCAAGUUUCUCUUCAAACUCUGGACUAAAGACAGUUCUUCAGUACUUCUUCGUUAGCUCUAGCAUUUGAGGAUGUUGAAUGCCUUUUGCAUGUUGGUCAUGGCUUUUCUGAAUUUGAUUUGGUCAAAUAAAUUUUUGUAUCACUACUUUAACAAAAAGAAAUCGAUAUGGAAAUUUUAAAAUUUUUGAAAACUCGUUUUAUGGGUCUAAUUUGGACAAAGUGGUUUUGUACAAUUUAAUUUGGUUGAAAAUAGGCUUUUCUAAAAUUACUGUGCCCAGAAAAAGGUUUUUUCAAAAUUAGUAUGAUCGAAAAUGGCUCUUUUUAGUUUUUUUAGUUAAAAAGAGCUUUUCUGCUAUUAGUUCACUCAAAAAUUUUCUUUUUUGAGUUAAAUUUUUGAUUUUGGAUUUUAUAUGUGCAACAUUGGCAGAAAUUGUGUAUUUUGGCAAAAAAUUUGGGUAUUCUAAGUUAACUUACCAGAGAACUGCUACUCUGAGAUUAGUUUGACCAAAACGUUGCUUUUCUGAGUUUAAUUUAAUCUGAACUUUGUUUUUCUGAAUGAAUCUUUUCAGAUAUUGGUCUAAAAUUGAUUAUAAAUAAUUCAUUUUGUCUGAAAAUUUUUUAUCUGGGAGUGAUUCAUUCAAAAAUUUGCUUUUCUGAAUUUAAUUUAGUCGACGAAUCGCUUUUCUAGAUUAAAAUUUUCUAAAAAAUGGGCUCUUUUUGGUUUACUAUGUGAAAAAUGGUCAUAAUUGUAUUUUCUAAGAACAGUUUGGUCAAAAAUUGAACUCAAGUGAUUCAAUUUGUCUAAGAAUUAGUUAGAAAUUGUCGUUUCUAAAAUCACUCUGGUCAAAAAUUGCCAAUUCUCAAUUACUAUUUGUCAGCUCCUCUGAGAAUAAUCCAAUCAAAAUGUUGCUUUUUUGAGUCCAAUCUAGUCGAAGAAUUGCUUUUCUAGAUUGAACUUUUUCAAAAAAUGGAUUCUUUUUGGUUUACAAUGUGAUAAAUGGCAAAUAUUUUAUAUUCUAAGCACAGUUUGGUUCAAAUUAGAUUUUAAGCUCAAUUUGAUCAAAAAUUGGCAUUUCGUGGUAAGGGUUGGCUGUGAAUUAGCUAUAAAUUGGCGUUUCAAAAGUCAAUUUGAUCAAAAAUCGGCUAUUCUGAGCUAAUUUGGUCAGAGAAUAGCUCCUCUGAGAAUCAUUAGGGGUCAAAAAGUUUUUUCUGAAUUCAAUUAGUCCAAAAAUUGCUUUUCUAUACAGAAAUUUCUAAAAUUUGUAAAUGUAAAAAAUACCCAAUAUUCUAUUUGAUCAAAAGUGGGUUUUUGUAGUUCAACUUGGAUGAGAAUCAGUCAGAAAUUGGCGUUUCAAAAAUCAUAGGAAAGGCUUUGAUAAUCAUUCACAAUUUAAGACUGGUCUGGAGAUCGUCGAUAGUUUAGCUUGUCUUUAGACAUAUGUUAAAAGAGUUGUGAAAAGUUUAGGACAAAUUGCGUCACCUUGUCGAACGCCCUUUUCGAUUCUGCAAUAAUUUUGACGGUGGUAGUUUCUAAUUGAUGUAUUUGAACAUAAAAACCUUCAAAAAAGUUUUUUGGCGCUCCUAAAAUCGUUUUAAAAACAAACUGUAUUCAGAUCUAAUCCUCAUUCCCUUAAAUUGUUUACAAAUUCUUUUUCAACGUGAUAAAUAAUCAGUAACUAAUAUUAGCUUAACAAUUAUUUAAAUAUAAUAAAUAAAAUAAUGACUGCCUAAUAUUUGAUCUUUUGUUUUUGGUAUAAAGUGUAAGUGGGUUGGUUUGAGCUUUAUAAAUUCCUUGGAGUAAAUUUUUUGCAUUGUUUUGUGAUUUGAUUUAAUGCUAGAAUAUUUUUGUUAGAAAAUUGCAGCAUAACUAGCUUCUUUUACUAUGUAACGAGAUAAUAUGAUAUGCAUGAUGUAUCACGAGUUAUGCUUCGAUGCUUCUUAUCUAAGAGGUACUUGAAUAAUCAAUUUUAGAUUACCUCAAUGUGGAAAAUCUACGGGCAGAUUCGGAUUUUGAAUAAACCAAAUGAAACUUGAAUUUGUCGAUUUAUAUUUAAAAAAUGUUGAAGUCUCAGGAUAGAAUACAGUUACCAAAUUAGUCUUACUCAGAUUGGAUUGGUCAGAAAUAGAUUUUUAAGUUAAAUUAUUUUGUAAAAAAUUGGUUUUUAACUUUAAUUUGGUCAACAAAUGGCUUAUUUAAAUUCAAGUUGGUAACGAACAAGUUUUUGCCAUUUUAAUCAGGUUUCUAGUGAAAUUUCUGAAAAAAAUGGCUUUUUGUUUUUGUUUAAUUGGGCGUCAAAUUUGAUCAAAAAUAUGUUCAACUUAGUCAUAAAUUGCUUUUUUCUUUAAAUUUGUAAAAAAUUGGCAUUUUUUGAGUUUAUUUUUGUUCCAAUUAUUAUUUUCCUAAUUCAAUUGAGUGGAAAAUACUGAAAUUUCUUCUUUACUUAGGCUUUUCUAAGUUAAAUUGGAUCGAAAAUUAGCUAUUUCGACGUUAAUUUGGUCACCACUUGGCUCUUUAGAGAUUAAUUUGGUCAAAAUCUUGGUCGAAAAUUGGAUUUUUUCAGUUUGAUCAGACCUCUUUUUAGUCAUAAAAUGUCUAUUGUGAAUGUAAUUCGAUCAAAAAUUGGCUGUUUUGAAUUGGGUUUGGCUAGAAAUAAUUUUGUCAACAAUACGCUUUUCUUAAUUGAACUUAGUCACAAAUUGAAUUUUUCAGUUUCAUCAGGCUUUUCUUGGUAAAAUUUGGUUGCUAUUUUGAGUUUAAUUUCGUCAAAAAUAGGCUUUUUGAAUUUAUUUUAGUCAGAAAUAUGCUUUUCUUAGUGAACAUUAAUCACAAAUAGGAUUUUUUCAGUUUCAUCCAGCUUUUCUUGGUAAGGUUAGGUUAGAAAUUGGCUUAUUUGGAGUCAAAUUUUUUCAAUAAUUGGCUAUUGUUUAAUUUGGUCAAAAAUUGGUGUUUUGAAUUUGGUUUGGCUAGAAAUAAGCUUUUCUUAGUAAAAUUUAAUCACAAAUAGGACGUUUCCAGUUUUAUCAAGCUUUUCUUGGUUGGGUGAGGUUAGAAAUUGGCUUAUUUUGAGUUAAAUUUGGUCAAUAAUUGGCUAUUUUGAGUUUAAUUUUCUAAACAAUAGCUUUUCUUAAUUCUUAAUUUUGUUACAAAUUUUUCAGUUUCAUCCUUUUCUUGGUGAAAUUUGGUUACAAAUCUCUCUAUUUUGAGUUUCAUUUGGUCAAAAAUAAGCAUUUGAAUUUAGUUUGAUCAGAAAUAUACUUAUCUAAAAUUUAAUACCAAAUAGGAUUUUUUCAAUUUCAUCAAGCUUUUUUUGGUUAAAUUUGAUCAUAAAUUGGCUUAUUUUGAGUUAAUUUUAAUCAAAAAUUACCUUUUUUGAACAAAUUUAACUGAGAAAAGCCUAAUUAGACCAAAAAAAUUAUUUUGCGACCAGGUUGAACUAAGAAAAACAUAUUUUUGACAACAUUAAUCUUACAAAGGCAUUUUUUACAGAUAUGUUGUAGUUUCACGAAAAAAAACGUUUAUAAUGACAAAUUUUGACCUUCGAGUAAUAGGUCGCGAGAUAUUUGCGAAAAACUAAUUUUCCUGACCUUUCAACUUUUUUAGUCGACACGAUUCAAUGUCGAUUUAUCACAUCUUCAUGACACUAAGAAUUUUUUCCCAAAUUGGUGAUUAAAAUCCCUAAAAUGACUGCAUUACUUACUGAUGUUCAUUGAAAAUAUUGUAUUGAAGUUAGAUAGAUUUCAUUUGGUUAGUUCAUUCUUCUUUUUCCUGUCACUGGUUCUAUAUAAUUCCACAGUUAUCGAAUAUUCUGGAAGUAUUCUGUUUACGUUCGAAGAAUAUUCGCGAAAAUGAAAAAUGUAAAAUUUUAUAAACCUCCAUUUUUUUUAUAAAUAAUGAUCCCUAUUUACUCCAAGGGAUCAUUUUAACCGUAUAGUUUUAUGUGUAUGUAUGUAUAGCUCUGUUUUUUUGUUAUUUUUAUUCUUACACGUUAGUUGUGUAAAUAUUUUCCAUUAUUAUUAUAUUUUUAUAAUUUUUUUCCUGAUAUUUUCCCCUUGUACAGAAUAUUUUAUCAAAAUAUAAAGUAUCUUAUGAAACAUU